GAAACCACAAUAUAUGAAAGUAGAAACUUCUAUGACUGAACCUGGAGUUGAAGGGGGAGGAUAUGUUGAACCUUCCAACGCUAUAAAUGGAAGCGCUUCUGAUGGACUGGACAAUGCAGGUUUGACUGUGGCAAAUGGAGUAAACAGUUACACCAAGCAUAGUGAAGAAGGUUCCUCAGGCUCAGAAGAGUCUCCCAAAAAGCCAGACUUCUUUUCGAGGACCAAACUGAGCGACGAAGAAAUAAAAAGUAAGCUAGUAGAAGAUGGGACUCUCAGUAAAAACGGGAGAUUGAAGCUGUUGGGCAAAAUCCCUUAUCGCAAGCCUACCCAAUUUGAACUUCGGAAGCUAGAAGUAGAAGAGAGACUUGGCAAGUGGUAUGAAAUUCCAAAAUACAACGUAGAUAGUCAAGAGUUUGAUAAUGAGGCAUACAAUAAGUUAGUGGAUGAAAUCUAUGAAGAGUUCGGUCAGCAUUCGGGAAGAGUGGGAGUUUCUUUUCAGGAUUUAACAGUCAAAGUUCCUGUCUAUACAGAGCCUCCCAUAAAAACUGUGUAUACUGCAACAAAGGGUCUUUUACUAAAGCCACUAAAAGCUGCUUUUGGUUUUUGUAAUCCCCUCAAAGGAUGUAAGCCUGACAAAGGAGAUACUCAUGCUAUCUUAAGUAAUAUUUCUGGAUAUGUUCUUCCUGGAGAAAUGUUACUUGUGUUGGGACCUCCUGGAUGUGGAAUGUCAACCUUGUUGAAUGUAUUGGCCAACAAUCCAGAUUCAGAUUUUGAGAUUGAAGGACAAGUUUUGUAUGGAGGUAAAGAAGCUGACUCUUCUCUUCAGCAUUUUGUAAGGCUGGUUGGCCAAGAAGAUUAUCAUAUUGCAUCUCUUUCAGUUCGAGAUACACUUUCAUUUGCUUCUGAAUGUUGCAUACCGGACUUUAUUCCAUUUGCAGAACGUUUGCGAAGUGAUCGUUUGAAGCUAGUAGCGAAAGGUCUUGGAUUGGAUCAUGUGUUAGGAACUCCUCUUGGAAAUAACAAAAUUCGAGGCGUCAGUGGAGGAGAAAAGAAGAGAGUCACUAUUGGUGAAAUGACCAUUGGAAAGAGAGCUCAAUUGAACUUAUUAGAUGGCUUUACAAGGGGACUUGAUGCUGCAGUGAGCUUAGAUAUCGUUCGUAGUAUGAGAAAUAUGGCAGACCUUGAUCAGCAAGUGUUUAUUUGUGCAAUGCAACAGCCUUCUGAAGAGAUUUAUCGUUUAUUUGACAAAGUAUUGCUUUUAGAUCAAGGCAAGUGCCUAUUUUUUGGAAAGACAGAAGAUGCUGUUCCUUAUUUCCGUUCGAUUGGAUACUUGAAGCCUGAAAGACGUAUGACUCCAGAAUUUUUAGUUUCCGUAUCUGAUCCUCGAACUCACAAGUCAGCCCUUAUGGAAGGAUGGGAAAACAAAGCACCAUCUUCCAUCAAUGAAUUUGAGAAAUGCUUCCGUGAAUCUAGUUACUUUGCCAAGGUUGUUCGAGGAUUUCGAGAAGAAGAACAUAGCAAAAUGAUACCUCCAAAAGAUUCAACUCCUUCUGAUAUUGAACGUUAUUAUCAUCGACAUGCACUUCAGCCAUUGCAACGUCAAACGCAAUUAUUAUUCAAACGACAAUUUCUAAUGGAAAUUAAGAAUAAGCCUGCCUUGUUAACACGUUUCAUUCGUUAUGUGAUUAUGAGUCUGAUUAUGGGAGCUUUAUUUUGGCAGACAAGUACGGAUGAAGCAGGUGCCGGUGUAUUUCCGGGUAUUCUGUUUAUUUCUAUUAUUACGAUUGGUUUGGGUUCUAUGAGUACUUUGCCCGGUAUAUAUGAGACUCGACAAGUAUUCUACAAACAAAAGGAUGCCAAUUUCUUUGACCCACCUCCUUAUAUACUUGCACAAACUGUAGUAGACUUUCCACUUACCUUUUUAGAGUCUUUGAUAUACUCGGCUAUUUUGUAUUUCAUGGCAGGUUUGAAUUCUGCCGAUGGUGGAAGAAAGUUUGGCUUCUUUUUAUUUGCAAUGUGGAUAAUCGAUAUGGCUAUGAGUACUAUGAUUCGUAUGAUUGGAGUUGGAACGAGAUCUUUUCAUGAAGCUACUGCAGUUGCUCCAGCUAUUAUUAUAUUAAAUGUUGUAUUUGCAGGCUUUAUUAUUCCUCGAAAUGAUAUUCCUGGUUGGUGGAUUUGGCUUUAUUGGUUGAGUGCUUUUAAUUAUAUUCUUGAUUCCGUCAUGAUCAAUCAAUAUGUGGGACUCAAGCUCUAUUGUUUGAGUAGCGAAUUUGUUCCUAAACUUCCUACCCCUUUUGAAUCCUAUGAAACAUGUCCUGUAAGUACUGGAGUUGCUUAUUUAAAGGAGCGUUAUGGUAUUUUUACUGCAGUUUAUUGGAAAUGGUUGGACAUUGUUAUUGUCGUUGGAUUUUAUUUGUUUUUCUUAUCUCUUUCCGCUUUGGCUUUAAUGUUUAUCCGAUUCUCUACCAAAGCUUUUAUUAGACCAGAAGGCUCCUCACCAUUGGAAGAAGAACGUCUUGAACAUUCUUUAAGAGUUAGUCAAAUAUCAUUACCACGUUUAGACUCCCAAAGCGUCUCCACAUCUCCUCAAGGCAAUGAUGAACAAGUUGUAGUCAACCCAAGAAUAGAACAAGAUGCUGUUGAUAUGUCUGUAUUGAACAAUGAAGUUGGUACAGAAGAAGAACAACAAGAUGCAAGAGUGGUAGAUAGACAAUCUACUGAAAGUAAUAGAGCGGAUAGUUCAGUAGCUAUGAGAAGUUUUGCAGCUCAUGAUAUUGGUUUUCGUCCAGUUUAUAUGACUUGGACCAACUUGAGCUAUUUUGUGAAGGUUUCAAGGAAGUAUGCUAAAGAAAAGACUGGUCAAGAUACCAACGAAUUGCAACUUCUACAUGAUGUCAAUGGAUACGCAGUUCCAGGUAGAAUGAUUGCGUUGGUUGGAGCAUCUGGAGCAGGAAAGACUACUUUAUUGGAUGUAUUGGCUCAAAGAAAGACACAAGGUCGCACUUUGGGACAAAUUUUACUGAAUAAGAAGCCUAUCGAUCGAUUCUAUCGAAGAAUUGCAGGUUAUGUGGAACAAUUUGAUAUACACAACGAAUACGCUACUUCAACAAACGCUUUCUCCAAUCAUUGGAUACUAAAUUUCAAAGAUAGUCUACUGUCUGGUUGUCUUCUUUUUGACUCUACUUCUUCCAAAGCUAUAUAAUUGUCGUUGGAAGUUGCUCUUAUAUUCAUUCUUGGACAGAAACUGUGGUACCCAGUAACUUUCUGUCUUAUGUUUGUUUGAUAACUGGACUAUGAACUGGAGUUGUUAUUUAGUCAAGCGAUGGGAGUUUAUCUUAAUUUUUACCAUAGAUAAGUCUCUUGAAAUAUAUUAUCAGUAAUUGUAAGUCUACAUGGAUAUUAUGGCGAGAACCACUAGAGUUUUAACAAUGCCCGUGACAUAAGUUGGAACUUCUUACGACUGCGAAUAUCCAAGAACCUCUACUUUUGUAAUUUCAUUUGUGAAGGAAGUGAACUUUUCGUACCUUUGAAAAUUGGUUACAUUUUACCUUUUUGCCUUUUUAGAAUUCAAACAGUCUCCAUUGAAGAGUGUAUAAGCUGGCUGACAAGAUAUGUUCAUGAUUUUUAUUAAUUAGUCAUCCUACAUUGCUUCGUAUUGCAAAAUAUGCUCUGAAAAUCAUCCAUUGCCGAAAUGGCAAUUAUAAUUAUGUCCAACGAUUUGAAUUAUUCUAGUCAUUUGGUUACUAUCUCGUAACAUUGCUUUGCUUAAAUAUAAGGCAUUGUUUGGAAGUAGCUGACUGGAUUGACAUCGCCCCACUAGGAUCCAACGGUUGGUUAUAUUCUAUUUUUGGAAAUAGAUGGAUUCGUGUCCUUCAAGUGACUAGGUGUUCGCAAAUGGUCC